AUGUGUAAUAAGGUUGAUUUUGCUGCAAGUAUAGGCAGAAAUGAUCUUAUUAAAUUAUUAAAUCAAUUAGGUGAAAAGAGUACAGAAGAUGUACAAAAAUAUUUACAUUUGUUAGGUUAUAAAGGUAUAGAAGAUGCAAUAGAUAAUGCUGUAAAAGAAGGUCAACUUGAAAUAUUAAAAUAUUUACAUGAAUUAGGGUAUAGAGGACCUGAAGAUUUAAUUGAUAUUGCUGUGAAAGAAGGUCAACUUGAAAUAUUAAAAUAUUUACAUGAAUUAGGGUAUAGAGGACUUGAAGAUUUAAUUGAUAUUGCUGCUAAAGAAGGUCAACUUGAAAUAUUAAAAUAUUUACAUUCGUUAGGUUAUAAAGGAGAUGAAUGGACAAUUCAUUGUGCUGCAAAAAAUGGACAUCUUGAAGUACUUAAAUAUUUACAUUCAAUAGGAUAUAAAGGUACAGAAUAUAAUGUAUAUUCUGCUGUUGAAAGUGGAAAUCUUGAAGUAGUAAAAUAUUUACAUGAAUUAGGGUAUAAAGGAAAUGAAUAUGCAUUUAAUUGUGCAGUAGGAAAUGAUCACCUUGAAAUAAUUAAAUAUUUACAUGAAUUAGGGUAUAAAGGUUCUAAAUGGGCAAUUAAUUGUGCUGUAAUGAAUGGAUAUAUUUAA